CAGUGAGCUCUCGAACAUCGUGUGCGAGAUUUAUGGGCUCAUAGUAGAGAUCAGCCCAUUUCAGCCUAAUAAUUCAAUGGGCUGAUCCAGGCUCAACCCACUAUUUCUUGACUGAACAGUGAAUUCACGUAGCCCCCAAUCUCUCUGUUUACAGAAGAGCGUCCAGUCUUCCUUCCUCCAAAGGCUGCUGUUGGGUCGAUCCCCGGGUUCAAGGUAUUCCGUUUCCGUUUACACGAAGCAUUCUGUCUCUGUUAACAAAAAAGCAUUCAAUCGUCGUUCUCCAAAAGCUGCGUCUCCAUCGGCCUCUGAGUUCAAGUUGUACCUUCGCUCCAGUGCCUGCUGCUCACUACCACUGCUGCUCCCACACCAUCACUGACCUCCAGUCAAAGUUCCAUUCAAAUCAACGAAACAUAGUGACGAUCUCAGCUGGUUUCCUGGUCACCCAUCCUUACAACUCUCUCCACAAACAAUGAUGAGAGAGAACUGCAAGUGAAGCUGAACAGAAAAAAUGACCAAUAAUAAUAAUAAUAAUAUUCCAGUGAAUGAAAUGCACUGGCCUUUGGUGGAUAAAGCUGACAAGAAGAAGCCCAAAAUUAGGGAUUUGCCCUAUUGUCAGGGGAACCGGAAGCAAAGGCUUGAACAACAGAGAAAGGCUCUUCCAAUAGCUUCAGUUGAGAAACGACUUGUGGAGGAAGUCCAAAAGAAUGACACACUGAUAAUUGUUGGUGAAACUGGAAGCGGAAAAACAACACAGUUACCUCAGUUUCUACUCAAUGGUGGAUUUUGUCAUGAUGGAAAAAUCAUUGGGAUCACUCAACCCAGACGCGUUGCAGCUGUCACUGUUGCAAAACGGGUAGCUGAAGAGUGUGGUGUUGAGUUGGGUCAAAAGGUUGGAUAUUCCAUAAGAUUUGAGGAUGUUACUUCUAGUUCAACGAGGAUCAAGUAUAUGACAGAUGGAUUGCUACUAAGGGAAGCAUUACUGGAUCCAUUUCUCUCUAGGUAUUCAGUUAUCAUUGUUGAUGAAGCUCAUGAGAGAACCAUUCACACUGAUGUGUUGCUGGGCUUAUUGAAAAAUGUACAAAAUGCAAGGUCAAGAUCUAUCAAUAAAUGUCUUAAUAUUGAAAAUACGGAGGCAAACUAUGGCAAACUGUUGAAGAGAGAAAAUGAUGCUAACUGUGUCAGUAUUCUCAAGAGAUGCCAAGGUGUAAAAUUCCCUUCCUUGAAGUUGAUCAUAAUGUCUGCCAGCUUGGAUGCACGGGGUUUCUCUGAGUACUUUGGUGGUGCAAGAUCUGUAUACAUUCAAGGGCGACAGUUUCCUGUGGAUAUUUUUUAUACCCAUCAUGCUGAGCCAGAUUAUGUAGAUGCAGCCUUAAUUACUAUAUUUCAGAUUCAUUUGGAGGAGGGCCCUGGUGAUAUACUUGUAUUUUUGACUGGGCAAGAAGAGAUUGAAUCUGUUGAGAGACUUGUGCAAGAGCGACUUCGGCAAUUACCUGAAGGAAGUCAAAAGCUUCUAACUGUUCCCAUAUUCUCAUCUCUCCCCUCAGAACAGCAAAUGAAAGCUUUCAUGCCAGCUCCAGCUGGGUUCCGUAAGGUAAUAUUGGCAACAAAUAUUGCUGAGACAUCGGUUACAAUACCUGGAAUCAAGUAUGUUAUAGAUCCUGGAGUGGUGAAAGCGCGCACUUACAAUGCACAUACGGGGAUUGAGUCAUUGGAUAUUGUUAAAACGUCAAAAGCACAGGCUCUUCAAAGGAGUGGACGUGCAGGGCGUGAAAGACCUGGGAAGUGCUUUCGGCUCUACCCAGAGAGUGAAUUUGGACAACUUGCAGAUUCUACAGAGCCAGAGAUCAAGCGUUGCAACCUCUCAAAUGUCAUUUUGCAGCUUAAGGCUUUAGGUGUGGAUGAUAUUAUUGGGUUCGACUUCUUGGAAAAACCAUCAAGGAUGGCUAUUGUCAAAUCAUUGGAGCAGUUGUUCUUGCUAGGUGCUAUAACAGAUGAUUCUAAGCUGUCAGAUCCUAUUGGGCAUCAAAUGGCUCGUCUGCCUUUAGACCCUGUUUAUUCCAAAGCUCUCAUCCUAGCUAGUCAGUUCAACUGUUUGGAAGAAAUGUUGAUAGCUGUGGCAAUGCUCUCAGUGGAAUCUAUUUUUUAUACCCCUCGUGAGAAGUUAGAAGAGGCGAGAACUGCGAUGAAAUGCUUUUCAAGUCCAGAGGGGGACCAUAUUACCUUGAUUAAUGUAUACCGGGCCUCUGAUGAGUUUGUAGAGAAGAUCAAGCAGGGAAAUGAUAAAGAAAAGACUGAAAAAAAAUUGAGAAAGUGGUGCAAAGAAAAUUUCAUCAAUAGUCGGUCUCUGAGGCAUGCUCGUGACAUUCACAGUCAAAUUCGACGACAUGCUGAACAAAUGGGUCUUUGUGUUGCUUCUUGUGGAGAUGACAUGCUUCAGUUUCGCAGAUGCCUUGCUGCUUCCUUCUUCCUCAAUGCCGCUUUGAAGCAACCUGAGGGUACAUACAGGGCAUUGGCAAGUGGUCAGUCGGUGCGGAUCCAUCCUUCUUCUGUGUUAUUCCGGACAAAGCCAGAGUGUAUAAUUUUCAAUGAACUAGUGCAAACUAAUCAUUGCUACAUUCGCAACAUAACUAGAAUCGAUUUCUUGUGGCUACCUGAACUUGCUCCUCAAUACUACGCUGUGCAGAAUUAGAUUAUCUGGUGUCAUUGAAUGGGCAUGGAGAGGCUAGGGGAUUUCAAUCUUUCCUGCUUCUUGCUUUGUUGUGGCUAUUUAUUACGGGAUGCAUCCAGGUGGUGGAAUUUGACUGAAACCUGAUCCUGGUCUAUCCAUUAAUGAUGAAAGAGGAACAUUUUGGAGUAUUGGGAAGUCUCUAAAGGUUUGUCCAUGUGCUGGAAUUGGGCAAUGCAGGAGGGGAAUUUUGUGGAAUAUUGGAAAAUCUCUCAACAUUUGUCCAUAUGCUGCUGUAUGCUGGCCGCCAUUUCAGGGUGGGGGACUUGUUGACUUGUUUCAAUGGACUUGGCUACUCCAAAACAAUGAAAGGCUUGGUGGUGCAGCCUGCCCGGUGGCUGUAGCAAUCUUGAGGAUUGGUAUGGCUGCCCCUGAGUCAAUCAAUCGCAUGUGACAGGUUGAUGGGUGACGAGUGAAGAAGGCUGUAAACUUAUAAUUAUUUCUCAUAUAUAUUUUUUUUCUCUAAAAUUAUGUAUUAGUUUUAUGCAUGCUGAAACUGCCUAUGAAUGCCAGAGAUGUUUAUUGCUUA